UGCUGGCUCAGGACUGUAAAUGGAUUGACUAAAUUUCGUCAGUCUUAAAGAAAGAGAGUUUCAUUCAAAAUGUCGUGGUUGAUUGUCGUGUUGUUGGUGCAAGGAUUUUUGCUGAUUUCUGCACAGCAAAAAAAUCAAGAGAGUCGCUGUGCCGUUCAGCAAGAUUGUCGUAGUUGCAUUCAGACACCUCAAUGUGUUUGGUGCUCAGAAACGAAGGAAGAUUCAUCCAUUGUACGUUGCGUUUCGCGCAAACGAUUUGCCCGAGAGAAAAAUCUAUGGUGUUCAGAAAAUCAUGUGAUAAGCGAUGAUAACGUGAUGACGAUUAAUGAGAAUAAUCCAUUAUCAUGGAAUAAAGGUCGAGAUUCUGUUCAGAUUCAACCACAGAGGAUGUAUCUACGAUUGAGAAUAGGAGAGGAACAGAAAAUUACUGUUAAAUACAGUCAGGCAGAAGAUUAUCCUGUGGACCUGUACUAUCUUAUGGAUCUCUCAGCGUCCAUGGAGGUGCAUAGAAACGAGCUGUCGAAACUUGGCCUUCAAUUGGCUGAAGCCAUGAAGAAGCUAACCUCAAAUUUCCGGCUGGGAUUUGGCAGCUUUGUCGAUAAAGUCACUUUGCCUAUGACCGACACAACUCCAAACAUGCUCCGAUCACCUUGUACGUUACGUCUCAGUGGAAAACCUUGCGCUCCUCCAUACGGAUACAAAAAUCAAAUGCGCUUGACGGAAAAUAUUGAUCUCUUUAAGGCAAACGUUGAAAAGGCACCGGUUUCCGGUAAUUUGGAUGCGCCGGAAGGAGGCUUGGACGCUGUGAUUCAAGCUAUUGUUUGUACCGAUGAAAUUGGCUGGCGGCAAAAGGCACGUCACUUACUAGUAUUUUCAACGGACGCCAGUUAUCACGUAGCUGGCGAUGGCAAGCUCGCAGGAAUUAUCGAACCGAAUGACGGUCUUUGUCAUUUGGAUUCUAAAGGAUUUUACACGCAUUCUCUUCUUCAGGACUAUCCAUCUAUUUCUCAAGUAAAUCGAAAAGCCCUCGCGCACAAUGUUCAUAUAAUUUUUGCAGUAACAUCUUCUCAGUAUGAGAUUUAUCAAGAAUUGAAAGAAAGUAUUAGCGAGUCGUCGAUUGGUCUGUUAGAUACCUCCACCGGAAACAUAGUGGAUUUAGUCAGUGGGGAAUACAAGAAACUCGUAAAUUCCGUCACUAUGACAGAUAACGCACCGGAAAUGGUGAACGUGAAAUAUUUUUCCCGUUGUCUAAAUUCAACUGGAGAUUUGCAAGAGAGAUCAGAAUGUGACGGAAUCCGUGUAGGGCACGUGGUAGAGUUCGAAGUGAGACUAAAGGCAUCAGGAUGUCCAAAGGAUCCAAAAGACUGGAGACAAACUAUUGAAAUAAAGCCUAGAGGUCUAAACGACAGUCUGACAAUUGAUUUGGAAUUGAUCUGCGACUGUUCGUGUAACAGAGAAGACCAUAUGGAGUACAAGGUCAACGCGACAGAAUGUCACGACAACGGGAUUCUUAGUUGCGGUACGUGUUCCUGCAGUCCUGGCUAUUAUGGAAAAACCUGCGAGUGCAAAGGUCGAGAAGACGGCGGAUCUGAAACAUCCGCUAUAGAAGAUUGCGCACCGGGCAAUGAUACAGAAAUAUGUAGCAGUCGUGGAAGUUGUAUCUGUGGACUUUGUCAAUGUACGCAUAGAAUUGACCCCAACGAGAUGUUUUAUGGGAAAUAUUGUGAAUGCGACAAUUUUUCUUGCAAGCGAAGCGGAGGGUUGGUCUGUGGUGGCCAAGGAAAUUGUGAAUGUGGUGUCUGCAAUUGUUAUGCUGGCUGGGCUGGUGAAGCUUGCGACUGCAAGGCCACCAACAGUACGUGCAUUCCGCAGGGUGCUAAUGGUGAAAUUUGCAGUGGACGUGGCUAUUGUGAAUGUGGAUAUUGUCAUUGCCAUGAAAAAGAUAAUAUACGUUAUUCAGGACUUUACUGCGAGGAGUGUCCUACAUGUCCUGGACAAAAGUGUGAUGAGCUUAAGGAUUGCGUUGAGUGCCUAGCUUACAAUAGCGGUCCUUUUUCGAAAAAUGGAGAAUGCGGUGUAUGCCUGCACGACAUAGAUAUUGUCGAUAAGGUGGAAGAGGAUCCGAUAAUGGAUCCGCAGACUGGUGCACAUAUUUGUAGAGUUCCUAGUGACGCAGGGUGCACUUUUGUAUUUAAGUACGAAGAUAAAGAAGGUUCGCGCGGUGAUCUAAAAAUUUUCAAAAUUACUGUUCAAAAAGAUAGGGACUGUCCUACCCCUGUGAAUAUUCUAGGUAUAGCAAUUGGCGUGAUUGCGAGCACGGUGAUCCUUGGCUUCUUGAUUUUAUUAAUUUGGAAAAUUUGCACAUACGUACACGACAAGCGUGAAUAUGCAAAGUUUGAAAAUGAACGAGCGUUGGCUAAAUGGGAUCGGAGUGACAAUCCCUUGUACAAACAAGCGACAAGCACCUUUAGCAAUCCGACGUUCAACAAUAGCACCAAAAAUAAAUAAUCUCAGAUUUGGAAAGUGCACCUUGUUUACCUGGAAAGUUAAAAAAAAAACAUACUUCAAUAUUUUAUCUCAUCGAGUCAUGCAACAAUGGGGUUAGCUGAAUCGAGUUUGCUGGUCCAGAACAUUUUUUUUUUUUUUUUUAAUUACCGCAAACCCGAUUGAGUUUCCUUCCCGGAAUAUUCUGUCUCGAAAAAAAUACAAUUGGCCCGUAGAGUCGCACGUUUUGGAUACGCCCAAAUGAAACAGUAUCAGGUACCACAUGAUUUUGUGCUCUAAUUUCUACGAACGAAGAGAAAAUUCAAUGAUGGCCUGCAGAAAAUCUAAAUACCCGCUCACUCGGAAAGAAACCACCAAGACUAAUUGACUUUGUCUUAGAAUCAAUCUCCGGUUGGUAGAACGAGUCAGUGAUUAAGUUAGAGCCGUAACGAAUUAUCCAUUGACGGCAUGUAAAAAUAAUUAUUUGUGAAACUCGGUGCGAUUAAGAUCAAAUAAAUAAUGUUACGUUGCGACCACGUAUAACGGGUUGCCAAUGUGCAGGCGUGAUUCUCCGCUCAAAUUAUUUAUACAUUGAUAAUAUAAGAGGAUUGAAUAAUUUCAAA